CUAUAACAAUUUGCAACGAGCACCAUCAGUCCGAAGGCACCCAAGUCGGCGCAUCUGAGCAGAUCACCACCUUUAAAAUGGGUCUGACGGACACGCCUCCUCCUCACGUCCCCUCGUGGGUCGUGCCAGCCUCCGGGGCCCUUCUCAUCACAGGCGCCAUCUUCUGGGAUAUGUGCUACGUGCUCAUGUCAAUCCGCUCCCACAGAACAAAAUCAUACGGCAUGCCCCUCUUCGCCCUCGCGCUGAACCUCUCCUGGGAACUUAUCUACGCAGUUCGCGUCGCCGAACACCCUUUCGAACGUCUCGGCUUCCUCGUCUGGCUACUUCUUGACGUGCCGCUCGUCUACACGACCCUCAAGAACGCGAAACACGAGUGGCGCCACGCGCCGCUUGUCGCGAACAAUAUCGGCGCUUUCCUUGCGAUCAUGGUAGCCCUUGGGUGCGCGGGGAACUAUGCCGUCGCCGACUGGUGGCUGUCGGCGCCCGGUACCGGGUACGGAGACAAGAGUGGCAAGUGGUGGGCCGGACGGGAGGGAUUCGAUUGUACGGAGCUCGCGUUCUGGACGGCUGGUCUGGCGCAGUUCGCCCUUGGGACGGGAUGUCUUGCCAUGUUGCUCGUCAGGGGUCACUCUGGGGGCGCGAGCUAUGCGAUCUGGUUCUGUAGGGCACUUGGCACCCUCACCGGUUGGAUUGGCUCAACCGGUCUGCUCUGGUGGUAUUGGCCAGAGGCCCAUGGCUUCUUCGUCAAUCCCAUGAGCAUCUUCCUCAUGACGACGUGUUUGGCUUGCGAUACCGCGUAUCCAUUCAUUCUCGCAGAAGUGCGGAGAAGUGAGCAGAUCCUCUCGGACGGCAGGCUUGUUUCUGGAAUACCGGUCAAGAAGUCAGCCGCGCCAAUAACGAAGAAAAGGUUAUGAGUUCGGGAAUAACAUGGAGGAUCGCGAUCCUCGUCGAUGAAGUGUUCUUGGCCCGGGUUUCCGGCAAGCAGCAUCACUUACUCAUCGUCUGCCACUAUGCUAGACUGGGACCCUUGAUCAAGACAACGAUAGAAAUUUGGUCGAACCGUAGAAAUCUCAAGAUGGCUUGCGGGCGUUCGAGACCCUUUGGCACCCGAUACAGGUAGCCCCGGCCGCACAGACUCCAGACGCCCGUUAUCUGUCACCGAUGCAGAUCUACUGGCCGGCUUGUAAACCGCGAUGAGCACCAACAACAUCGUGUGUGCCACGCAACUCAAGACCCGGGGUCCUGGAAACUGGCUCAACCACCAUUGGAGGAAACCAAGGUGUGGCGGCUUGGCUGCGAGGAGAAAAUGUACAGAAGCUCCAACAGAUUGCGGAAACUGUGGGAUUUUAGCAGGGGUCUUUGCGUUUUGGUGGCUGCAAAAUGAUCCAUCUCAUUGUUGGGCUUUGGAUGCUUGCUGUGUUGGUUGUUGGUUGGCGGCACUUACAUGAGAUGAGCGGGAUAA